CGCUUUUAAAACAAAAUGGGUGGCGCCAAACCUUGACAACAAAGCGGCUGUUUGGGGUCUGCAACGGUCAGACCCUCCGCUGUGUUUGGGUUUUGUGCCCUCGAGUAAGUUCAGAAUUAAAGGAAGGUUUAAAACGGAGUUUGGAAGUUUGAAUGAACAGCCGGAAAGUUCCCCGUCAGAGUGUACAAAUGCCAACAUGGCUGCGAAGACAGACCAACUUCUUAUCGUUGUGUCCAUCCUAGAAGGUCGCCACUUCCCGAAGAGUCCUCGGCUCAGUCUGGUUGUUCAGGCGAGCUUUGAUGGAGAGCAGCUCGCUACAGACCCAGUAGAGCACAGAGAGCAGCCGCAGUUCAGCACCGAGCUGGCCUGGGAGCUGGACCGUCGGACGCUGCACCAACACAGACUGCAGAGAACUCCCAUCAAGCUUCAGUGUUUUGCUGUCGACUCUGUCAGCAAGAAGAGAGAGAGUGUUGGCUACAUUGUCCUCGACCUCCGAUCAGUACAGGAGGUCAAACAGGAGCCUCGCUGGUAUCCACUGCUGAGCAGUAAAUACACCAAACAGAGACCAGCCCUCCUCCUCAGCGUGGUGCUGGAGAACGACACCAAGCCCUCCGAGCCCUCUCCUGACAGGUUCAAAGCCAGGAAGGCCCCGCCCCGACAAGGCUCUCCUGCAGUAACUGAGCUGCUCCCAGACAAGCUGGAGGCCGUACUGAUCCCAGACCAGGGUUACCAUCAGCUUGGACCCGCAGAUCACUGCACUGACGUGUUUGUCCUGUCCGUCACUGUGGCCUUUGCCACUAAACUAGAACAGUUGAUCCCCAACACUAUGAAACUGUCAGCAGAGGGGUCAGAGUUCUUCUUCUACUACUCUUUACUGGGCAACGACAUCACCAGCGAGCCUUUCCACAACCUGCUGAGUCCUGACUUUGAGCCGGAGCGCGCCUCUGUGCGCAUCCGCAGCAGCAAACAGAUCCUCCAGACCUUCCUUUCUCAGCAGCCCGGUUUAGAGAUCCACCUGUGCUGUGGGAAUCACUCUCUGGGCAGCACAGACGUUUCUCUCGCCGCUCUGUCCGCUGUUUCUGUGGAUCUGGAGAACAAGACGGCGACGGUGGAGGGAGCGUUCGUACUCCAACCUCCAAAACGCAUCAAACAGACACUGCCAGCUCUGCCUGCUGAUCUGCAGCCGAACGUAGGAGUGGCUGUUACUCUGAGAAGAGAAGAGGCCACACCACAGCCUUUAGGGAGUAAAGAUGGAAGUGGAGCUCAGAUGCACUCCGUCCCUCCAUCUGCCCCUCCCUCAGUUCCUCCUGCUGAACAGAGACCUCGAAGCUCCUCUCCAGUCCAAAAGCCUCAUGACUCUUCUUCUCCACGUCCUCCUCUUCCUCCUCCUUCCUCUCAUACAGAGAGUGAAGCAGAGAGUCUGCUGGAGGAGCUCCAACAUUGCAAAGAGCAGGCAGGACCGGCAGCUCCAGAUUUGGAGGUUCCUGUGCCACUACAGGGUCGGACCGAAGCUACAGCAGAGGGCGGAGCAUCAUCUGUCAGUGUUUCUGCUCCCAAAGUGUCCAUCCCCUCCUCCGCCCAUCACUACUGCUUCUCUCUGGACCUCCGCAGCCUGGGAAACCUCAGCCUGACACACCCCGUCGCUGCUACGCUCAGGUAUUCGUAUCAGUUCUUCGGCAGCGCAGCCCCUAUCAUGACUAACCCUCCCGUGGAGCUGCAGAGGAACAUGGAGGUGUCUCUGCCUCAGUCCUACUGCGCCUUCGACUUUGCCGCCUUGCCACAGCAGCUCCAGGACACCUUCCUCAGAGUUCCUCUGGUGGUGGAGGUUUGGCACAGAGACUCCACCAGCAGAGACCAGCUGAUUGGGCGAGCCUCCGUCCAGCUGUCUCACCUGCUGAGUUCUGAAAGGAGCAGAUACUUGGACUCAACAGGGGAGCAGAGCUGGAGACAAACUCACCAGGACCGGAUCCCUGUGGUCAAAACACACUGUCCCACCGAGAAGGUCGCAGAGUUGAGCUACUUGGCGACACUGGAGGAUCUGGGAUUGGUUAAAGCCCGGGAGGUCAUCGUGUCCGACUCUUCUCAGAAUGAACUUGUAGCCCCCACACAACCGUCCUCCCACCCUGCAGCACCCAGACCUGCUGCUCCCAGCCUGCCUACUGCCCUGCUGGGCCCCACAGCUCCCACAGCUCCCACAGCUCCCACAGCUCCCACAGCCCCCAGAGACACCCUGGAGUACCGCAUGGCCCUGGAGCUAGAGCUGUGGAAGGAGGAGCAGGAGGAUCUGUUUGAUGAUCAGUUGAGGAAAAAGGAGCUGAGCCACAUGCAAGCAUUGGCAGAGGAGUGGAGGAGGAGAGACAGAGAGAGAGAAGCUCUGGUCAAGAAGAAGGAGGUGGAAUAUAAUCUGUUGGAGGAGCAGCUUCAGAAGACUCUGUCUGAUUUGGAGAAAAGAGAGAAACAGCUGGCGGAGGCUGAGCUAGAGACUCAGAGGCUGCAGAGGGAGCUGCGAGCUGAGCACAGUCUGACCCAGAGGGAGCUGCAGGAGAGCAGCAGGAGGCUGCAGCAGGAGUGUGACCACCGGGUGGCGCUGGAGAGAGACAAAGUGCGACUGAUGGAGGAGGAGAGAGCCCGGCUGCUGCAGCAGAUCGCAGACGGCGAGUCCCGGUAUAAGCAGCUGGAGAAAGAGUUUCAACUCUACAGAGAACAACAGAAUAUCAGACCUGAGUUCAGACUGCAGUCGGAGAUCAACCUACUGACUCUAGAGAAGGUGGAACUGGAGAGGAAGCUGGAGUCCACCAUCAAGUCCAAGCUUCACUACAAGCAGCAGUGGGGGCGGGCCUUGAAAGAACUGGCCAGGUUCAAACAGCGCGAGCAGGAAAACGCCAUGACGCGUCUGAAGAAGCAGCAGGCGGAGCUGGAGGCCAUGAGGCUGCGUUACCUAGCGACAGAGGAGAAGGAGGCGGUCCGACAAGACAGACAGGAGCUGGACAACAUCAGGAACGAACUCAACAGGUUAAAGCAGCAGGAGGACAAAUUAGGCCCCGCCUCCUCCCGGUCUGGCCCCGCCCCCGCCCCCGGUCUCAGUGAGAGUGCUGACGAACACCUGAGCCGACUCUUAGAGGAGAGAGACACUCUGCUGAGGACCGGAGUUUACACCCACGAAGACCGAAUCAUCGCCGAGCUCAACAGACAGAUACAGGACGCCAUGAGGGACAGGCCUGACAGCCUCUGACAGCCGCUGGAGCCGUCCAAUCAGAGACAGGCUCACACCUGAGACUGCAGGUGGGAUCAGCAGAGCCCCGAGGCUGUUUACACCUGGUCGACUCAGGCUACGUUCCUGAAUCGUUUCGUCUGAGGUCCAGUUUGUUUUUACUUCGAAUUGAAGUUAAAGUUGCCUUAAAUCGAACAAACAAUGAAAACCGAUUCAGCUUCUUCCUGACAGAACGCGGCCUCUGAGACUUUCUGCUUAAUCGGCUCAACAACGACGCAAAAGUUGUGCAGUUUUACAUAUUGUCUAUAAAUUAAGAAUAUGAAUUCAGAACAUGUUACAAACAUACAGAAGCACAUUGGGUUCACCAAAGGGGAAAAGAAAGUAAUUAUGCCCGAGAAAAUGUAAAGAUGAUCAUCAGUUAUCGGCGUUUAAAGUGGCAGAAGUGAAGCUGCUUUCUUUAAUUUGCUUCUUUCUUCCUCCUGCGUUUUGAAGAUACUGAUGUCGGUUCCGUGUUAAUAUUUACACAGAUAAAAACAAAACGGCGAUUCAGUCUGGUUUUCAGGCUGGAUUGUUGGGAAUAUGACCGUGAGAUCCACAUUUGAUUGUUCUGAGAUCUUUUCAUAGAUCAUGUCAUAGUUACUAGAAAACAUUAUUAUUAGUGUUUUAGUAAAUACAAUGUGCUCCUGUAAAAACAGAUUUUGUUCAACGGGAUAGUCUGACAGGGUUUGAAUUUAUUUACGCCCGGAGGAAAAGUUCGACAUCUUGGGAAGUAAACUCACCUUCAGAUCGAUGUAGAUCCGGAGUCGGGCAUAAAGACCGGAGGCCUGGAUCU